UGAAAAGAUCGCCCCCCUCCCACCACGAGUCCCACACCCCUCCCAAAAAAAGGGUUUGCCGUAGCUUCUCACCCCUGCGGCGGUGCGGCGCGCGGCCCUGCCACCGACCCUGCGGCGGUCGCGUUACCUUCCCCUCCCCCUCUUCCCUUCCGGCCGCUCGCCGAACGCCAUCGGAAGCCCUCCUCUUCAGAAAUCGAAGAUUGAAGAUCGGGUUCUUCACUCUUCAGAAAUCGAAACCCUCCUCGUCGCCUCUUCCUCUUCCGCUUCCGCUAUCCAAUGAUAGAUCAGUAAUCGGGUGGUUCUUUACAAACCAGGUUUUUGAAGCGCACCACUUCGUCUCUAUCCCCUACCUCGAAGCUCCUGCCAUGGCGACGUCGCCAACCUCCUCCGCCGUCAACCUCGGCGGAAAGGGCUCCUCUCUCACCCCCGCCGCCGUGUACGCCGUCGCCGGUGGCCUCUCCGGCGUACGGCUCGACUCCUCCGCCCUCGAGAAGCUCGCUCAGUCCAAGAGCUCUUCCCCUCCUCCGCCACUCUCCGAUGCUAUCCAAAAUCCUAGAUUCUUAACCCUUGAGGAGUCCCGAGCCACCCUUGCCGUCCUCCUCAACAAGCUUCUCGUCGCGGACGCCUCCGUGCAUCCCGCACUACCCACCCUGAUCGAGGAGGUCCUGUCCCUUCCGUCGGGUCACGAAACACUAGAUUUCAGAUCCCCAUUACGGUUCCUCGAGUCCAUAUGCCGGUUGAAUGGGAGAAAGGUGGAGGAGAUUAACGUUUCCGGAGAUGAAAUCGGGGUUUUCGAAGCCUCCGCCGCUGCUCCGACCGCGAUCUGCGCGAUCUUGGACUGCUGCUCCUCGGCACUGGUGAGGGUGUCGGACGCAGUGGCGGCGCUCUCCUGCGAGGCCUCUAGGGCUGACGUGGGGGCCUUUGAUUUGCCGGUCUCGGGAGACGGCUUCUCGAUCAAGGAUGAGACGGAUGUAGCCGGAGACAUGAAGGUGAUGCUCUUCGGUUCGAAGCUCGUAGGGCAGAAUUAUGCCGACUCCUUCGCGGAGAUCCCCACCGUCCAUGGGAGCUUCAGGGAGGCUGUGAGAACACUCCAUGGGAGGACCCGUGUCGAGCUGAACUCUUCCAUUAAGGUCAGGAAGAAGAGUACAGGUCUCAGUAAUCAAGGAAAGGAGAAAGCUUUGGUGGCGUCUGCGCUCCCUCUGGCUAUGGCGAUUCGGUCCAUGAGUGAGAUUAGUCUGGGGCGAGCCAAAUUGAUUGUUGAAUCGAUCCGAGAUGUUGGUAUCAAGUCUACGGUUUCUGAAUUAUUUCGAGAUGGGUGUCUGGGCUUUGACAGAUUGAAGGACCAAUUCGAUUCAGUAACGCAAAAUGCUGCUGCUGGAGUAGAUUAUGUAUCGAUUUUGAGUGGUGUUUAUGAUCUUUUGGUCAAAUUUAGGAACAUUCUUGCUUGGGAGGCUGUGUUGGCUUUGUUCACAAUUGAGAUCGAUGAUUCGAUCGAGAAAAUCCAGGGGAGUUCUUCGACGAAUGCCAAGACAAAUGGAGAAACUGCGAAAGGUGACAAGAAGAGCGAGAAGAAAAAGAAGAAGACUUUAGGAAAAGGGACUUCUGCUGUAAUGCAACUUCUUAGAAGCCGAGUAAUGAAUGGAAAGGAGAUAACAAGUGAACAUGUCACAGCACUUGUUAAUUGGGCUCGUGACCUUUCCUUUUGUUUUGAUCCGAAGGACAAAGGGCUUGAUACAUUGAUAGAAAAAGUGAAAGAAAUUGUUGAGAGCAAUGAAGUCAGGAGACUUCCUAAAAUUCCCAAGGGUACCCGUGAUUUUGGGAAAGAACAAAUGGCCAUAAGAGAACGUGCAUUUUCGAUUAUUACCAGUGUUUUCAAGAUGCACGGAGCAGUGGGCCUUGAUACUCCUGUAUUCGAGCUGAGAGAGACUCUCAUGGGGAAAUAUGGGGAAGAUUCGAAGUUGAUAUAUGACCUUGCUGAUCAGGGUGGCGAACUUUGUUCUUUAAGAUAUGAUCUAACUGUUCCUUUUGCCCGAUACGUGGCCAUGAAUAACAUCAGCGCAUUGAAAAGGUACCAAAUAGCAAAAGUGUAUAGGAGGGAUAAUCCAUCAAAGGGAAGGUAUCGUGAGUUCUAUCAAUGUGACUUUGAUAUAGCUGGCCAGUAUGAGCCAAUGGAACCUGACUUUGAGGUCAUUAAAGUAUUAACAGAAUUGCUGGAUCGACUUGACAUUGGCACCUAUGAGAUAAAGCUAAAUCAUCGGAAACUAUUGGAUGGAAUGUUGGAGAUUUGUGGUGUGCCUCCUGAAAAGUUUAGGACAGUUUGCUCGAGUAUAGAUAAGUUAGACAAGCAAACAUUUGAGCAGAUAAAGAAGGAACUGGUGGAAGAGAAAGGGUUAGCUAUUGAAACAGCAGAGAAAAUCGGCACAUUUGUGGAAAAACGAGGGCCACCACUUGAAAUCCUUUCUGAAUUGAAUAAAGAGGGUAGUCAGUUUAUGGAGAACAGUGGCUCUGUUGUUGCGUUGAAUGAGCUAGAUAUAUUAUUUAAAGCGCUUGAAAAGUCAAAAUGUCUAGACAAAGUGGUCUUUGACUUGAGUCUGGCUAGAGGCCUUGAUUACUAUACUGGAGUAAUAUAUGAGGCAGUCUUCAAGGGUGCUACGCAGGUUGGUUCCAUUGCAGCAGGGGGUCGCUAUGAUAACUUGGUAGGAAUGUUCAGCGGAAAACAGGUCCCUGCAGUUGGUGUCAGCCUUGGAAUUGAAAGAGUCUUUACAAUUAUGGAACAGCUGGAAAAGGACAGGAACCAGGUUAUUCGCGCAACUGAGACGCAAGUUCUGGUGGCUAUUCUUGGAAAAGACCUUACUCUAGCUGCCGAGCUCGUGAGUGAGUUGUGGAAAGCCAAAAUAAAUGCCGAAUUCAAGCUCACCAAGAGGGUGAUGAACCACAUUACCUAUGCCAAGCAGUCCAGCAUUCCUUGGAUGGUGCUGGUUGGUGAAUCCGAACUCGAAAAAGGCAUCGUCAAGUUGAAGAACAUCGAAGCAAACCAAGAAGAGGAGGUCCCCAGGAAAACCUUUGUUGAGGAGCUUCAAAGAAGGAUUAACAGUGUUUGAUAAAGCUACUAGACAACAAUAUACGGAGGGACAAGUGCAUGUGUACAUUGCAUUUUUUUCAACCAAGCGGCCUCAACCAUUUCGAUCAUGCCUCAACCAUUUCGAUCAUUUGGCAAUUUAAUUCAAACAGCCAAAAUAUAGAACAGCAGAAAAAAAAAAGAAGGAAAGUUAUUCAAGUCUUGUGUGAUUGGAUCAAAUGAUAGAGAAUUGUGGCAUAUUUACCUUUUCAUGCUGGGGUAAAUGGUGCAGGGCUUCUCGAGGUAAAGCUGCUUGUUGCAUUCUGAGCUGAGAAAGCUCAUUUUAUUUCUCAAUCUCUUAACAUAUGUGGUUUUGGCUUUUCUUUUUGUUUGUUCUUCAUCUUUCUUUCAUCUAUCGGUCACAACUCAUUUACUGGAUCUUGCAUGUCUCAAUUCGGGCGAAAUAUAUUUAGAACUUUUUUUGUUAGCACAUAAUGAUAUAACCAGAGUUUCUUAUUGUUGGGUAACCCGAAAUGUAAUACAGUUAUUGCCAUGUGAGCUAAACAGAUGGCUUCUUUACUUGAUUCUCACUUGUUUGUAAGAUUUCAUUUGCUACAGCAAAUAGUUUCGUGCUGCUAAUUAUUAUUUC